UGGCAUGUCGUUUCUGCGUUUUUUCCGACCCAAGCUCGCCAGUGUCCCUCGGCCGCUCGCCACCGCCGCCAACAUUGCAGUGUUCCCGUCACUGGCUUCAUCCGAGGCAAGACGCCUCACUCUGCACGGCCAGCGCCGAUUCUGGCCACCGGGCGACUACACGUUGUCCCCCACAAAGGUCGACGGGCGGCCGGUCGCCACGAUCCAAGCGCACGACCGCUUCGUUUCGACGCUCGUCGAUACCGACAAGAAGCCCGUCGCCUUGAUCAAGCGACCCAGUGUCUUCUCCAAGGACUACUACGUCUACACCAUCGUAGACGGCACCCCGACACCAUUGAUGACGAUCGAGUGUCGCAACAACGUGCGGAAGUGUCGAGUGCUCGACACGGCCACGGGUGUCACGCGCCACCUCGUGCUGCAGGAGCUACCGGAAGAGAAUGGCUGGAGCAUCCUUACCGACGGUCAUGACGGCCCCGUGCUCGCCAGAAUCCAAGAACACCUUCCGACCAGUCUCUUGCGCUCCAAUGGCUGGUACGAGAUGCAAGUGGCCGACGGCGUUGACGCCGGCCUUGUCACGCUCCUGUGCCUGGGCAUGGACGAAGUGCGCAUGCGAGCAGUGAUGUCGGUCCACGUCACGUGGGCGCUCGUCGCCUUUGCUUAUGCCAUGCGACUAUUUGAUGCGUGACGCUAUCACAACCGCACCGUACACCUCGAGUCAUAUCUACAGUGUCAUAUCUUGUCGAGGGAAUCCUUCAACAGCUUGGUUUAGUCACUUGCACACGGUGUGUGGUCCAUACAGAGCAAGGGAUAUAUACGAAAGUCAGCUUGGCCGAGUGGUUCAGGCGUUAGCCUGCUAAAAAAAUACAGAGCACGGAAUGUACGGUA